UGUUGGAUGAAGGAUUGCCUAGAUUCUCUCUCCAUAGGCCGGGCCGCCACUCUCGUUUCAGUAAAAAAAACCUCUCUUGUUGAUUUACGCUACACGGGCUGUCGUCGUCUUACAACGGCUCAGCAUCGUAGCGACGCCAGCGAUUACAGGGAAAACGCGGGAGUCUCGAUGGACAGGGGCGGACGAGACGGGACCGAGUCGUCAUGAUUGAGGUCGAAUGGGCUCUGAGCUGAGUAGGUGUUUCGACGGCAGAGGUGGGGCCUCUCACCCGAAUGCCAUCGGCCAAUGCCACACAAGGGUAGGAUCCAAGCCAGAAGCGGUUCCAUCAUAAUCAUAGCCUGCAGAUCAGGACGUGCGCCCUACCCAUGAACACGAAGAAAUUCAUCUGCUUCAGGCGAUCGCUGGUCAUAUAAUAUUUUGCGAAUCGACUAAGAAUUAGCACUUCAGAGCCGUAAGAUCCCCCUCUCUCGUUCCUCCGUGACACCGCCCACUGGCGCCUAACUACGAGAAUAUGUCGCCCGCGAGGGAAAUGCGUAUGGGUAGGACCGACGGCGAAGCCGCGCCUAUAUUCCAGACCCAGCGCCAGCGCCAGCGCAAAUUCCACCGCAGGUCGAGGAAUGGAUGCUCCACCUGCAAGAACAAGCACAUCCGGUGCGACGAGAGAAAACCACUCUGCACGUACUGCCUCCGUCACGGUGGAGAGUGUGGCUACCCGGACGGAGACGCUGGGUUCCACGUUGCCGAGGCCGGGUUCAGGUCCGGAUCUUGGGCUGGAUCUCGAGAGCCUCACCAGCCCACCGAGCCCUUCCUGCGUAGAGUGGACGCCACUCCGAACGACCCAUUCUUAGCGACAUACGUCCCCCGCGAAUCCCAGUGGCUAUUCCGGUUCUUCACUAAUACGAGGGUGCUAUACACGACCCGUGUCGAAAGAGGCACCGACUCGUUCCUCGUACGCAAAGCGUUGUCCCAUCCCGGCUUCCUCCAUGCCGCACUGCUCAUGACCAUCCUGCACUGGGCUUGGUCCAACGACGACGCCGAGAGCUUCCAUGUUCACUACUCGCAUCACAAGGCGCAGGCUAGAAAGUUCGUCACGCAUCAGCUCUAUUCCCGGAAUGAGACCGUCCACGAUGGCACCAUCGCGGCCGUCUGGAGUCUCGCCUUGGUCGAGAAUGCCCUAGGGUCUAUCGACGACGUAAAGCAUCAUCUAAAAGUACUGGCGUUCAUCAAAGAACAGCGGGACGAAAAGAGACGCCCCGUAAAGAUGGGCCUACUCCAGCGAAUGAUCUUGAUGGCAGCGAAUUCCGUGGCCAGUCGACCGGUCUGGGAUAUCCUGGAUAUUAGCCGAACGGACUCGGUCCAUCAAUCCGUGAUCAUAUCCCUGCUCCGAGUCGCCCUUCGGCCGAUCUAUAGUCUAUGCAUACUAGGAAGCUCGUACGAUUGCGAGAAGCCACUCUUCGAGGUCUUGACCGCGAAGUCGCCCUACCCUCGAGCCAGCGAUAGCAGCGUCGUAGCGCCUGUAAAAUCGAUAGACGACACCAGGUCGGGCUUCAUAGCGUGCUAUUUCUACCUCUACGUAAUCAUGCGCGAGGGCACGGUCGAUUCGUUCAUAUUGAGCUGGUUCAUCGAGCAAUUGUUAGCCGACGUCUAUCGCACCGAGGUGCCCAUGCAAGAGGGGCAAUACAGCCAGCCGCUCUGGUUCUGGUCCGUCAUGUUCGGCACGUGCGCCAUGAUGACGACUCCGGAGACCAGCGACGACCUGGAGCGGAGCCAGAUGAAGAGGUUCAGAGACGAGUAUCUGAGCAAGGUCAGCCUCGCGAGCGAGGUGCUGCGCAUAAAGAACUGGGAAGCGGCCAAGUCGGUCCUGAGGCUGUUCGCCUGGGAGGACGAUUUCGACGGGGAGAUGGAGCUGAAGGCACUCUGGGAAGAGGCGGUCUGGGGAGACGACGGGAGACGGCUUGGAGGGCACGGCGUGGGACACGUCGAUUAUCAAACAGUCAGGUAG